GGCCACACUGCGCAUUUGAGCCAACCACUGUUAUUCGCAGCUGAGACAAAAAAAAAUCGAAUUCAAGGUGAAGUAAUUGGCUUCAACAUAAAAGCUACUCGAAUUCUGUUGGCCGAAGAGAGGGGUGGAGACACGAGCGGAGCAGAGGAGGAGCAACCUUAGUCAUAACAGCAAAAUGAGUGCGAAGAGCAGGCGCCCCGGCACCGCCGGCAGCCAGACACCCAACGAAUGUGUCCAGGUGGUGGUCCGGUGCAGGCCGAUGAGUAACCGGGAGCGAUCCGAGGGCUCACCGGAAGUGGUCAACGUUUAUCCCAACCGGGGCGUGGUGGAGCUUCAAAACGUGGUAGAUGCGAACAAGGAGCAGCGCAAGGUCUUCACCUAUGAUGCUGCAUACGAUGCCACCGCUUCGCAGACGACAUUGUACCAUGAAGUCGUCUUUCCCCUGGUCAGCUCCGUCCUGGAAGGCUUCAACGGAUGCAUCUUCGCAUAUGGACAAACGGGCACUGGAAAAACCUUCACAAUGGAGGGCGUACGCGGAAAUGACGAACUAAUGGGUAUCAUACCGCGUACCUUCGAGCAGAUCUGGUUGCACAUCAACCGCACCGAGAAUUUUCAGUUCCUGGUGGACGUCUCCUACCUGGAGAUCUACAUGGAGGAGCUGCGGGAUCUGCUGAAGCCCAACUCUAAGCAGUUGGAAGUGCGGGAGCGGGGAUCUGGAGUCUAUGUACCCAAUCUGCAUGCCAUUAACUGCAAGAGCGUGGACGACAUGGUGCGGGUGAUGCAGCUGGGCAACAAAAACAGAACUGUGGGCUUUACCAACAUGAAUGAACACAGUUCCAGAUCCCAUGCCAUAUUCAUGAUCAAGAUUGAGAUGUGUGACACUGAAACAAACACCAUAAAGGUUGGCAAGCUGAAUCUCAUCGAUCUGGCGGGCAGUGAGAGGCAGUCGAAGACUGGAGCUUCAGCAGAGCGCUUGAAGGAGGCCAGCAAAAUCAACCUGGCUCUGUCCUCGCUGGGCAACGUGAUCUCCGCCUUGGCAGAAAGCUCGCCCCACGUUCCAUAUCGCGACUCCAAGCUGACGCGUUUACUGCAGGACUCCCUGGGUGGCAAUUCGAAAACCAUAAUGAUUGCCAACAUCGGACCCUCCAAUUACAACUAUAACGAAACACUGACCACCUUGAGAUACGCCUCGCGUGCUAAAUCCAUCCAGAACCAGCCCGUCAAGAACGAGGAUCCUCAGGAUGCUAAGCUGAAGGAAUACCAGGCGGAGAUCGAACGACUCAAGCGGCUCAUCGCUCCACAGCAGCAACAGCGCACCGAAAAGCAAGCCACGGCCAAGAAGCAGAAAGUGAAGAAGCCCAAAAAGGAGCAUGUUUCGAAAGAAAUCUCGGGUUCCUUGCAGACAUCAACGAUGGAGCCUCAGGCGGAGGAAGAAAGCGAACCGGAAGCCGAUGAGCCCGAGUCGGAUAAGGAGAACGAGGCCGAAGUGGCCAAGUCCAAUGAAGAACUGGAACGCGAGCGAGUAGAGAACGCCAAGUUAGCCGCCAAAUUGGCCGAGUUGGAAGGACAGUUGGUGCGCGGUGGCAAGAACCUGCUGGAUACCUACAGCGAGCGUCAAAUCGAAUUGGAGAAGAAGCUUGUCGAGAUCGCAGAGCGCAAAAAGAGAGAAAUUGAAAUCCAGCAGCAGCUGGAGCUUCAAGAAGAGACUACUCUGGAGAUACGCGAGCGCAACGUAUCCUUGGAACAGGAAGUGGAACUGAAGAAGCGCAAGCUAUCCAAGUGCUAUGCCAAGUACUUGGCCCUGCAGCAGGAGCUAAACGACUGCAAGUCCGAUCACAAUCAGGAUCUGCGUGAACUGGAGAUGGCCCAGAACGAGCUGGUGAAGGAAUUGAAGCGGCAACUGCUGAUCAUUGACAACUUUGUGCCCAUUGAGGUGAAGCAGCGCCUGUAUACGCAGGCCAAGUACGACGAGGAGCAGGAGGAGUGGAAGUUUUCAUCGAUGACGUUGCCCACGCCACCAGGCGGCGAUGGCAAGUUCAGCAGCAAGCGUCCGGUGUCUCAUCCGCAGCGGCGAAGACCCAUAUCCGAAUAUGCUCUGCAGGAGGGAAAAUCGAAUGCCCCGAGUUCCCUACGCUUCAAAAGCGAGAAUAUAGUCAGCUACGAGCUGGAAAUGCCCUGCCGUACGACCCAGGAAUACCGCACCCCUAAGGUGUCCGCAUCGCUGAAAGCGGUCCUUGCCCAGGCUAUGCAAACGGGUGGCGACGACAUCGAUAUCGUGGACUCGCACACCAAUUCGCUGCGCAGCCGGCUGGAGAAUAUCAUCAACGCAAAUGCAAACGGAGGAGCUGGCACGGGAACCGCUACAGCUGUUGGUGCCUCUGUACCUGCCGUGCGGAGCAUCAAAUCCGGCCGGGGACUGCCGAGUGCCGGCUCCACCAUCGACUCCAACCGCCGUCCACCCACGGGCCGGGUUCCGGCCAAGAAGCCAGCCUCUGCGUAUCCGAAGGCUCGUGGCCUGGUCAACAAGUAGUCGUACUCGAAACAGGCUCGAAUCGAAUUAAACUGAAUUUAACCAAUCUCAAGCGAACACAAAACUAACCAAAGUAUUUAUAGUCAACGCAAUAUGUACACCUCAGUACUCCUAGCCCAAUCUACUCAUAUUUCGCGCUUUGUAAAAGUAUCCGGUUGCGGCUUGAAUCCUUGAACUGAAAUUGGCAUAAAGACAUUUUAACGAUUUGUACGAGACCCAUAGAAAAGUACGUUUUAAAUCACCUUUAAUAUUUCCCAUUUUUUAGCUAAAGCCAUAGGUAUUUAAGGAUUCAGCCAGCCGACGAUCCAACCCCACACACUCUCCUUAAUUGUUUAUUACCUUUUUUGUUACCUGACUCCCAUUAUUUGUUAUUGAUUUUUAAGUAUAAUUGUGUUAUAUUGUGCUCAAAUAAGUUGGCGCGUGCAUUUACCGACUUGGGCCAGUCUUUCAUUUAUGUGCAAUUUAAGCUUAAGUUUAAACUUUAAAUGGUGUAAACCCAACUGCAACAGACUAUUGUUUACCUAGUAAAUGAUUAUUUUUUUUAGUUAAUCUUACGAACCAAAUAAAGCAACGUCAUACACACACAGCUUUUGCUAAA